GGGAAGACACGGCAGAUGCUCCCCAGGCAGAGGGAAAGAAAGCCAUGACAAUCUCUUUGCCAUUUAUUUUGACUUCGAUCUGGUUCCACCGCACAGCUGCUGACUCAUCGGACGGCCACCUUUCGCCACCGCCUAUCCCUCUAGAUUACUGCCGCUUCGGAACUGGAGCCGAUCUCAGUCUUGCCUUUGUUGCUGCUUCAUUCCUCCUAACAACUCCUGGCUCACUGUUCAAAGCAGCAACGUUUCAGCUGGCCUGGAUUGCUCUUCCUUACAUCAAUAAAAAAACGCGGUCACUCAAACCAGUCUUCUACACGAAUUGCUUGGCCAACGACAGCUCUCCCCAUCUUUCCUCUCAAGCUCAUUACCAUGGUGACAGACGUCGGCUACGUCGCCUCGCGCAUCCUGAACCCAAAUACCCCUCGGGAUCCCAACUUCGAUGAAUUCUCCUUCAUCUCAUUCCUCCGCAGUGGCUACGGCUUCGGCCUAGCCAGCGACGUUCCCGAAUGCAAGGCUUUCCACGAGGGCCACUGUCCGCUGGGGCCUGCCUGCCCAGACCGACACCCGACGCCUUCACGCAUGACCACCUCAAUGACAACCGCCUCGGGCGUGGCACCUUCCACAACCCACGGAUCGCUCGUCUGCAAACACUUCCUCAAGGGCCUCUGCAAGAAGGGAAUUAAGUGCGAGUACCUCCACGAAUACAACCUGCGGCGCAUGCCGGAAUGCCAGUCCUUCUCGCGCUCCGGCUACUGUCCGAACGGCGAUGAUUGCCUCUACCAACACGUCCGGGAGGAAGCCCGGCUGCCGCCGUGUGAACACUACGAUCGGGGCUUCUGCGAGCUGGGCCCGCUGUGCGCCAAACGCCAUGUGCGCCGCCGGCUCUGUCCGUUCUACUUGGCAGGAUUCUGUCCGGAGGGGAAAAACUGCACGGAUGCGCACCCCCGGUGGGUGGAGAACCUGCCGCGCCCCACGAUGCGCGUGGAGAAGACAGAGGAGGAUCUGGAGCGCGAACGGGCUUUAAUACGCGAAGAACAGGAGAAGGAGAAGGAACGGGAGCGUGAAUGGCGCAAUGAACGAGGUCGCGGUGGAGGUUUUAUGCGGGGCCGGUUCCGCGGCCGUGGGCGUGGUGGCUAGAGCAAUUAAUGCAGGAUCGAAUGUGUGAGAUUGAAGAUACCCAGCUGUGUUUUUUGUUUAUGGUUUGAUGUGGCUUACGCAAAGCGCGCAUCACAUGUAUGUAUAAUACUAUGCGAAUAUGAAGAGGCAAAGAUUAGCUUGCAAAUAAGAUUUGCUGAUGGGCUGACUGCGUGCUGGACCGAGCGAAGGUCUAACGCUGCCGCUCUUCAUGCGCAGUGGCGUGGACACAUGAAAUCUGAUGAUAUUCGUCUUGACUCGACCAGAUACUGUUUCGCACGUGACAUUUCAUGUUACCUGGAAAAAUACAACGGGUCUUCUCCGCUUGU